AUGAUCAUAGUUGCAUUAACAACUGUGGUAAUUUAUGCGGAGCAAAAUUUGAAUAAAGAUAUAUUAGAUUUAAGAAUAAACAUUACCAUUAUCAUGCGAGAUAUUGAAAAUAAUUGUAGUAAAUUACUUCAAAAAUAUCCAAAUUUAAUAAACUUACCUGAUAUUUUACCAACUUGUUGGCGUGUUCAUGGAUUUUAUCGUUAUGGAAAAUUAGUUGUUGUUCUAUUAAUUGUUCAUGAUUGUGUAUCAAUGUAUCUCGUAUCGGGUGGUCCAUUUUCAUACUUUUUUAUGUCUAUGAUAAUUGGUAUUUUAAGUAUCCUCGGUGUUUAUGUAUCACAAAUGGGCCUAAUUUUAGUCAUUGACUUUAUAUAUGUUAUUCUCGGAUUUGUAAUUGUCACAAGAUUACAUAACAAAUGUUUUACUCCUUUACCAGCCGAACAAUUACGUACAUUAUAA